AUGGCAUCGGCCACCCUGAUAGAAAGCUUCUGGCUUAUUGGUUAUGUAUUGGAUAUUGUCAACCAGCUCUUCAGCAAGCACAUGAACCCCACGAAAACGGUCUCCACACCAUCAGUACAGCACCCCGCCACACUAAGAUCCAACUUGACGCAGAUCAACACUACGUCACCAGUCAUAACCAGAGCGUUUCUCCACACAGCUCAACAACAUCAAGCCCCCAUCACCACUCAAUACGCCCGUUUCCAAUCGACUGCACGAGUGCAUCGAUCGCUCUACACGGCUACAGCCCGAAUCCGAGGCCUGCUCAGAUUUUGUCUGACCUGUACAUCCUCAGAGGAAGACGGUCCGACGCGUCUCACCCCGCGACAAAGAUCAGACGCCCAGAACCGAAACGCUACCAGACACGAUUACGAAGCAGCCACACCGGCGACGAUGCGCAGCUUGCGUGAGUGCCAUUGA